GCUCGGCCCACUUCGCCGUCCGGCUGCUGCGCGGCGUUGCCUGGCCGCCACCCUCUGUGCCCUGUGUAGGCUGUGGGGAGAGGCCGCGGCGGCGCGGGGAGAAUUGGGGGAAGCCGAGGGCGCGGAAGGUGGCGGCGUGGAGUAGUUGCUCUCGCUUGUGAUUAAAACCGAAGCAGCGCUGGCGAAGAACGGACAUGCUUCACACUCGUCUGCAGUUGCUUGUGUUGUGCUACGUCGUUUACCCGAAAAGGAGAGGCUGAGACCUUGUUAUUUUCAUCCUUGACUUCUCGGGUUAUGAUAUAACUGUAAUAAUAAAGCAAAAACUGCGGAAAGAGCACCUGGGAACUGAGCAUGGUAGGAUCUUGAACAAAAAUAGCUGGUGUCGACGAAAAGAGGAAGGGAAGGAAUGGCAUCCCGAGAAAGGCUGUAUGAGCUUUGGAUGCUUUACUGCAGUAAGAAAGAUCCAGAUUACCUGAAGCUCUGGUUGGAUAGUUUUGUUUCUAGCUAUGAACAGUUUCUGGAUGUGGACUUUGAGAAGCUGCCAACUAGGGUGGAUGACAUUCCUCCAGGAAUAUCACUGCUUCCUGAUAACAUUCUUCAGGUCCUCAGGCUCCAGCUGCUACAGUGUGUCCAGAAAAUGUCAGAUGGCCUAGAAGAGCAGCAGCAGGCUCUGUCACUUUUACUUGUGAAAUUCUUUAUCAUCCUUUGCAGAAAUUUGGCUAAUGUGGAGGAGAUUGGGAUGUGUUCAUACAUUAACCAUGUUAUCACCAUGACAACGUUAUACAUUCAACAGUUAAAAAGCAAAACAAAAGAAAAAGAAGUGGCAGAUCAGACCCCCAUAGAAGAAUUUGUGCGACAUGCCUUGGCUUUUUGUGAAAGUCUCUACGAUCCAUAUCGAAACUGGAGGCAGCAAAUUGCAGGACGUUUCAUUAGUACAGUUGAAAAGAGCAGACAGAAGUAUAAACCAGCUUCCCUCACUGUUGAGUUUGUCCCUUUCUUUUACCAAUGCUUUCAAGAAAGUGAACAUCUCAAGGAAAGCCUGAAAUGUUGCCUGCUGCAUCUCUUUGGAGCUAUUGUGGCUGGUGGUCAGAGGAAUGCUCUUCAAGCAGUAUCUCCUGCCACCAUGGAAGUCUUGAUGCGUGUUUUAGCAGACUGUGACAACUGGGAUGACAGGAACCCUGAGGAAGUGAGCAGGAAGGCAGAGCUAACUCUGAAAUGCCUGACAGAAGUUGUCCAUAUCCUUCUAACCAGCAGUUCUGACCAGCGGCAAGUGGAGACGAGUACAAUAUUGGAGAACUAUUUCAAGUUGCUUAAUUCAGACCAUUCAGCUUUACCUAAUGCAAGGCGGUGCAGGCAGUGGGAGAGCAGGUUCAUAGCACUACAAAUCCAAAUGCUGAAUACCAUCACAGCCAUGUUAGACUGCACAGAUAGGCCUGUUCUGCAGGCAAUUUUCCUUAACAGUAACUGCUUUGAGCAUCUCAUUCGACUGUUGCAGAACUGCAAGCUGUUUUUAAAUGCUAACAAUAAAGUGGCAGACAAGAGUGAGAAAGACCUUGCCAACAAAUUACUGACAGAAAUGAAUGAGGACCAGGUGUUUCAGGGACAUCUAGACCGCUUGGCAGUGUCAACCAUUCAAGCCCUCACAGCAGUAAUGCACAAGUCUCCAGCUGCUAAGGAGGUCUUCAAGGAGAGGAUUGGUUAUGCGCACAUAUAUGAGGUACUAAAAUCGCUGGGUCAACCCUCACGGGAAUUGCUGGAAGAACUCAUGAAUAUGGCUGUUGAAGGUGACCACAUGGCUGUUGGGAUCCUAGGCAUUAGUAAUGUCCAGCCCUUAUUGCUGCUUAUCCAGUGGCUUCCAGAAUUAGAGUCACAUGACCUGCAGAUUUUCAUCUCAAAUUGGUUGAGGCGAAUCUGCUGUAUUAACAGACAGAGUCGUGCCACGUGUGUCAAUGCGAACAUGGUUAUCCGUAUCAUUGAGACGCUAAAUUCCCACUCUGCGCUCCAUUGUACUUGUGCAGAGAACCUCAUUGCCCUUCUGGGCUCUUUGGGGAGCCAGUCAAUGGGCUCAGAAGAACUGCUUCAACUAAUACGGCUCCUGAGGACUGAGGAACCAAAACGUGCUCACCCUUAUGUUGUUCCAGUGAUGCGAGCCAUUCUAGCAAUGGCUCGGAAGCAGGGCAUGGCUAGUGCCUUGCAGUAUUUCAACUUGUACCACAGCAUGGCCGGAAUUGCAGUUCCAUCAAUUCAUAAGUGGCCAGGCUCUGCGUUUUCUUUCAACGCUUGGCUCUGCCUUGACCAGGACCGCGUGGACCCUAGCACGACUACCAAAAGUGGCAAGAGGAAGCAACUCUAUAGCUUUUUUACAGGAAGUGGUAUGGGUUUUGAAGCAUUUAUCACAUGCUCUGGAGUAUUGGUGGUUGCAGUUUGUACGAAGAGGGAAUAUGCAACAGUGAUGCUGCCUGACCAUUGCUUUUUUGACUCCCUCUGGCACAACAUAACUAUUGUUCACAUGCCUGGAAAGAGGCCCUUUGGUCAGAGCCUUGUGUACAUCUAUGUCAAUGGACAGCAGAAAAUCUCUGCCCCACUUCGAUUCCCUGCCAUGAAUGAAUCUUUUACUUCCUGCUGUAUUGGUUCAGCUGGUCAAAGAACAACAACUCCUCCUCCAUCUCAGAUACCAGAUCCUCCUUUUUCCUCCCCUAUUAUGCCCCAUCGGACAUCACUUGGGGGCAUACUGACUACAGGAAAUUGGGGUGGGAUGCUUGGAAAACCAGAGCUCAUCACCAAGAUGAUCUCAGCAGGGACUCAGGACAGUGAAUGGGGGUGUCCAACAUCUUUGGAAGGCCAGCUUGGAUCAGUUAUCAUCUUUCAUGAAGCACUACAACCUCCUCAGGUGAAAGCAUUAUAUUUAGCAGGUCCAAACUGUUUAACUCCAUGGAAGUCUCAAGAGGCUGAAGUAGCAGAUCUCCCCAGUAAGGUGCUGCUUCAUUAUACACCAAAGGCCUGCAGAAACCCAAUUUGUCUUGAUCUGUCUGCAAAUCUUUUACACGGAAGACUAACUGGAAACAAAGUAGUGAACUGGGACAUCAAGGAUAUGAUCAACUGUAUUGGUGGAGUAAAUGUGCUGUUUCCGUUGCUGGAGCAGAUCAGCUUUCUUGGUGGACAGAUGCCUGAGAAGUCUGAAGGGGAAACUCUACCUCCAGAACUGGUUACUCCUGUAGAGGGAGACUGGGUGGUAUUGUCAUCCACGAAGGCAUCAGAAGCACGCUUGGAGAAGAACAUUGUUGCAACUUUCAUCUUGAUGAUAAAACACUUUAUUCAGAGACACCAUGUUAAUCAAGAAAAUCUCAUUCACUCCCAUGGAGUUGCCACCCUAGGAGCCUUGUUACAGAAGGUGCCAAGCAACUUAAUGGAUGUGAAUGUACUGAUGGCUGUACAGUUGUUGAUAGAGCAAGUCUCAGUAGAAAAGAACAUGCAGCUUUUGCAACAGAUGUAUCAACACUUACUUUUUGACUUCAGUAUCUGGAACAGUGGGGACUUUCCCUUCAGAAUUGGACAUAUACAAUAUCUUUCUACUAUCAUCAAAGACAGCAGAAGACUAUUCAGAAAGAAAUAUGGUGUGCAGUUUCUUCUAGACACACUCAGGAUUUAUUAUGGGAAUGGCUGUAAGGACAGUGAUUUGGCUCCUGAUGACCUGAGAACAAUACGGACAUCCCUCUAUGGACUGAUCAAAUAUUUCCUGAGCAAAGGUGGAACACAUGAAGAAAUACAGAGCAUUGUAGGAUACAUAGCUGCCACCAGUGAAGAGGAGCAGCUCUGUGGAAUUCUGGACGUUCUCUUCAGCCUACUUCAUUCCAGCCCGAGCCCAGACCAGCUUUUUUUAUUGCUUUUUGAACCAGGGAAUGCUGAUAUCCUUUACGCUCUGUUAUUGCAUCAAAGAUACUCUGACAGGCUUAGAGAACUUGUGUUCAAGAUUGUAGAAGAGAUGCUGAAAUGUACUAAAGUUUAUGAACGUAGCAAGCACCGUAUGAGACUCAGGGAAGUGGGAUACUCUGGACUGGGGCUCCUUCUGAAUGAAUCGUCAGUUACUGUUUCUCUUAUUAAAAACCUUCUUAACCAAGUUCUGUAUGCAGAUCCUGCUGUGAAUUAUAAAGAUCUCAUAGCUGUAGUACAUCUGGCUCAUAGAUCAGAUAUAAACGUGAGAGUGGUUAUCUGUAGAAAGGUUUUGCACCUUUUGCAUUCCCAACUGGAUGCAGCACAACAGAUUUCUCUGCAGCUGGGCUGGCAGGACACUUUGAUUAGACUGUUCCUGAAAGAAAACUCAGAGGUCCGGAUUGGCUUUAAAGAGAACAGGGCCGAUUCCUCAAGGGAAGAGGAAAAAAAGCCUCCUGCUGAAGAGCUUCAGAAACAUCAACCUGAUAAGACAGAGGGAGACAAAACUGGCAGCUUUGCAUCUGUUAAUGGUCUGUUUGAUCAGUGGAGUUUAGAAGACAACAAAUCCCUGGAUGUCCCUGCUCAUUUCUCUGUUAUGCCACUGGAAGAUGCAUCCACAGCAGAGAUGUCUUUUAGGUCGGAGGACCAAGAAGAAUUAUGGCACAGCAAUCCUUCACAUUUGAGUUUAGAUCUGUCCAGUGUUGACUCUUAUGAACUGGCUGAUGUUGUGAAUCAGAUGACAGAUAGCCAGCCCAGCACACCAUCACCUACAGAGAACACAAAACCAUUCUCUGGGCAGCCUGACAAAGAGCUGGGCAUUAUAAAUGAUGUGGGUUUCACCACUGAUCUUUCUUUAUUUGAAAACCAAGGAGGGGGUGACAAUGAACUCAUACAGUUACUUACAGACAUCCUACUGUGUAUAAUGUGGAAAGGCAUUGAAAAAUCUGAUGAUGAUGCUUGGAUUGAGAGAGGACAGGUGUUUUCUGCACUGACCAAACUGGGAAUAUCUAAUGAGUUGCUGCGACCUUCUGAUGAGAUAAAACUCAACUUGCUGGAGAAGAUGUUAGAAUGGUCAGUCACUGAUAACAGAGAUUCAAAAGCUCUCCCUACACAUGCUGAAAAUGCCUUCAAGCUCUUGCUAAUUGUACAAGAUUUCCUGCAGGCAGAAGGACUAGUUAAUUCAAAUUUAUGGACAGAAAAGCUCUUGGAAGAACUAGUGACUCUCAUGGAUAGCCUAUCAGUCUGGUAUUCUGCUGGCCUAGAAGCAACCAAGCUUUCACAGGUGCAAGUCCAAUUGCUCCUUGGAUUCAUUGCACAAGAUAACUUACAGGUCUGUGCUAUGGCAGCAGCCAAACUAAACACCCUCCUUCAGACCAAAGUAAUUGAGAGCCAGCCUGAAGCAUGCUAUCUCUUGGGGAAGCUGGAAGGCAUCUUGAGUAGAUCAAUUGAAGAGAAGACAGAAACUUACUCAUUUUUGAUUCCCCUUGUUCGGACAUUGGUAUCCAAGAUUUAUGAACUUCUCUUCAUGAACCUGCAUCUCCCUUCAUUGCCUUCUACCAAUGGCAGCCCGUCUUUCUUUGAGGACUUUCAAGAAUACUGCAGCUCCGAUGAGUGGCAAGUUUAUAUUGACAAAUAUAUUAUUCCAAAUAUGAAACAGUAUGAAGAGAAUUCAUUCAGACAUGAUCAUGAGCAGAUGGCACUUUAUUGGAAAGAUUGUUAUGAAGCAUUUAUGGUGAACAUGCACAAGCGAGACCGGGACAGAGGAGAAAGUAAGCUUAAAUUUCAGGAGCAUUUUGUGGAACCAUUCAGCAGAAAGGCUCGACAGGAAAAUCUACGGUACAACAGUAUGCUAAAGCAACUUAAUAGUCAACACACAGCUACUCUGAGGCAGUGGAGAGCAGCCCAGCUUUACUUGCUCUCUGAACGUGGUCCUUGGUCUGAAAUGAAACACCAUCCUAUUCACUGGAAACUUUCAAAUGUGGAAAAUUUUUCACGUAUGAGGCUAAAACUUGUGCAGAAUUACAACUUCAACUCUCAUCAGGAUGCUAGUGACCUGAGAGAUAAUUUAGGUGUGCACCAGACACAGCCCUCUAGUGAGUCUCUGCUUCUGGAGGUGGUGAAGCAGGUGAAAGUGAGCGACUUGGAAGAUGACGUUCUUGAACUGCCAGAUGAAGACACAGCAGCUAGUUCCAAUUUGGAUGAUAAGGAUGAGCAAAGUCAGAAAGAAAAGCUAAUACUGUCUGAAGACUGUGAACUCAUUACAGUAAUUGAUGUGAUACCUGGCAGGCUGGAGAUCACUACCCAGCACAUCUAUUUCUUUGAUGGUAGCAUUGAAAAAGAGGAAGGGGUAGGUUUUGAUUUCAAAUGGCACCUCUCUCAAAUUCGAGAGAUACAUUUGCGUCGGUACAACCUGAGGAGGUCAGCUUUGGAGAUCUUCCUUACAGAUCAAACCAACUAUUUCCUCAACUUCAAUAAGGAGGUACGAAACAAAGUAUAUAGUCGAAUAUUGUCACUGCGUUCUCCAAAUAUUUCUGGGACUAGAUCUCCACAGGAACUUUUUAAAGCUUCAGGUUUGAUGCAGAAAUGGGUGAACAGAGAAAUAUCCAACUUUGACUACCUUAUUCAGCUGAACACAAUGGCAGGACGAACUUACAAUGACCUUGCUCAAUAUCCUGUGUUCCCCUGGAUUUUACGAGAUUAUACUUCAGAAGAACUGGACUUGAAUAACCCUGCAGUCUUCAGAGAUCUGUCCAAACCCAUAGGGGUGGUAAAUGAAAAGAAUGCUAAGACUGUGAAAGAGAAAUAUGAGAAUUUUGAGGAUCCCCUUGGGAUAAUUGACAAAUUUCACUAUGGGACACACUACUCAAAUGCUGCUGGUGUCAUGCAUUACCUCAUUCGGGUAGAACCUUUCACAACACUUCAUAUCCAGCUACAAAGUGGCAGAUUUGACUGUGCUGACAGGCAGUUCCACUCUAUUCCUGCUACCUGGCAGGCGCUUAUGGACAACCCCAAUGAUGUCAAGGAACUUAUUCCAGAGUUCUUCUAUUUCCCAGAGUUCCUGGAGAAUCAAAAUGGUUUUAACUUGGGUCAGCUUCAAAUAUCCAGAGAGGUGGUAAAUGAUGUUGUUCUCCCCAAAUGGGCCCACUCCCCAGAAGACUUCAUUUAUAAACACAGGAAGGCUCUGGAGUCUGAGUACGUUUCUGCUCAUCUUCAUGAAUGGAUAGAUUUGAUUUUUGGCUACAAGCAGAGGGGACCAGCUGCAGUGGAGGCACUCAAUGUGUUCUAUUAUUGUACUUAUGAAGGGGCUGUGGAUUUGGAUGCUUUAACAGAUGAGAAAGAAAGGAAAGCUUUAGAAGGAAUGAUAAACAAUUUUGGGCAAACUCCCUGUCAGCUCUUAAAGGAGCCCCAUCCGCAAAGGCUGUCAGCAGAAGAGGUAGUGCAAAGACUAACUAAAAGUGAUACCUCUACUCUGAAUCUCUUCCAGCACCUCACUGAACUGAAGUCAUUCUUCAUAGAGGGAAUCAGUGAUGGUGUGCCCAUCAUCAAAGCUGUUGUCCCCAGGAAUCAGUCACGUUCCUUUAUUUCUCAGGGAAGCCCAGAGAUCUUGGUAACAGCAAGUCUGAACUGCAUUAUUGGAACUCAUGGUUGGCUACCUUAUGAUAAAAAUAUCUCCAACUAUUUUACAUUCAUCAAAGAUACCACAGUGACUAACCCCAAAACACAACGCAAUAUGAGUGGUCCUUUUGCACCGGGGCUGGAGAUCACCUCUAAGUUGUUUGCAGUAUCCCAUGAUGCAAAACUGCUCUUUAGUGGAGGACACUGGGACAAUAGCAUCAGAGUGACAUCUCUUACAAAAGGCAAGCUGAUUGGACAGCACAUCAGGCACAUGGAUAUUGUGACCUGCUUGGCAAUAGACUACUGUGGAAUUCAUUUAAUUUCAGGCUCCAGAGAUACUACCUGUAUGAUAUGGCAAAUAGUUCAGCAGGGAGGAGUGCCUGUAGGCCUGGCAUCUAAGCCAUUACAGAUCCUUUAUGGGCAUACUGAUGAAGUUUCGAGUGUUGGCAUCAGCACUGAACUGGAUAUGGCUGUGUCAGGAUCCAGGGAUGGGACUGUUAUUGUCCGCACUAUUCGGAAAGGUCAGUACGUGAGGACUUUGCGACCACCUUGUGAGAGUUCUCUCCUGCUGACUGUUCCCAAUCUGGCUGUGUCGUGGGAAGGCCAUAUAGUUGUCCACACCAGCAUAGAAGGAAAGACUACUCUUAAGGAUAAGAAUGCAUUACAUCUUUAUUCUGUCAAUGGAAAAUAUCUGGGUUCUGAGACUCUGAAGGAGGAAGUGUCAGAUAUGUGUGUGACUGGCGAGUAUAUCGUGAUGGGCAGCUUACAGGGAUUUCUUUCCAUACGGGAUCUCUACAGCCUCAGUCUGAGCAUCUCCCCCUUAGCCAUGCGACUGCCAAUUCAUUGCAUUUCUGUCACCAAAGAGUAUAGCCACAUCCUUGUUGGCUUGGAGGAUGGCAAGUUGAUUAUCGUUGGUGUUGGCAAGCCAGCAGAGGUAAAACCCACCAUCAAGAACUUUUUCUACCGAACAGUGGGAAGUUCACUGAUUUCUGCUUUCCAGUUGAGCAAGAGGUCUCCUCUAUGGCAGGAUGCGCUCAGGUCAGCUUUCCCGAAAGCUGUGGGGAUCAAGCAAACGGCUCAGCCAGAUUUCAUCAGGAGAGACUGAAUAUAACACUCAAGAUUCCAAGUGAUUGCUGCUUCUACCUUCUCUCAUGGAUUCCAGAAACAUGUUUAAUCUUUUGGUCACUUUAAAUGUAUAUAUCAACUUUCAGGGGCUUGAUUCUUAAGUCUGUUGAAGAUGAACCUAUAGUAGAGGUAUAGUAAUAUGCAUAUGUACUCAUGCAAGUUAGCUUGCUUGCAUAUCUUUCCUUAACUGUGUUGACCUGGUCACAGCAGAAUCCCUUUCUAAAUAGCUGCUAAAACUGUGUUUCAGGAAAAAAAUAAAUAAAAAAAUAAAAACCCAAACCCAAAAGCCCCCAAACCUCCAAACUCAAGCUUGCUAAUUGAAUUUAAGAUAUGUAGCAUUCAAUUUAAACCUGAAUAAGGCCAGAUGCUCCUUGAUCACAAAGAAGAUAUUUGGCUUUGCUUUGACAGCAUUGUAAUUCCCCAGCAGUAAAUUAGAAUUCUGGCAGUUGCAGUGAUCGGAUUCAAAAUUGGGACAGCUGACAGUUAUGACCUUUUCAAUAUGUUUUUAGCCCAAUGAACAAUUUAUUGCAAUUUGUUCCUGUAAAUGGCUAUUGCUAUCUUCUUUUGUGUAGUUCCAGUUUUAGGCUGUUCUGCAAGGAACAUCUGUGUUGCACUACUUGAUUAUCAGAAAUGAUUUAAAGUACAGGCAUGAAUAACUUCACAAGAGUUGAAGGUGGUGAAGGAGCUGAAGGAGGUAGGAAAUACUUGCUGCUGAAAAUUAUUUAUAUUCUUAAGUAGAUUAGACACCAAGAAAUCCCAUAAUAUAUUUAGUAUCUUGAAGAAAUAGGAAGAAUCAGUAUCUAUGGUCAAAGAUCAGUCUGCUUCGUUAGUAAGGCAACUCCUAAAAACAAAAGAUAAAUUUCCACUGCAAGAUCAUUUAAACAACAUUGCAGCACAAUUUAAUUAAAUAGCACCUGUUUGCUUCUUGGCUUGGUGUUCACCAAACCACUUGUUAGCCAUAUUAUUUUCUGUAAAAACAAGCAGGGAAACAGAUAAUGUAUCCAUUUUCAACAUGUGUUUAAGACCUGGGAAAAGAAAAUACCAGAUCCUUACAUGUGCUAUAUCCAACAAAAUAGUUUUGGAUUGUAUGCUCUGUUUUGGAGAAGCCAUUACUGAGGGUUUGUUUUUUUUUCAUUUAGAGAUAUGUGAUGAUGAUAGAAGGGUGUGUGUUUUCCUAUUGUUCUGACAUUUUUAUAAUGUUAAUGAUUUAAAUGAUAAACCCCAUACUGUUGGAACAGCCUGGUGCUGAGGGAAAAAUAUGAAUUUUUGGAUCCGCUUGUUAAGGUAUGUGUGCACGUGUAUAUAUGUGUGUAUGUUUGUGUAUAUAUAUGUAUAUACAUGUAUGUAUGUCUAUUAAAAGAAGAAAAUACCAUACGGUAAGGGGAGUAUAGAUAUAAGGCAGAGCUAUGAGUGAUCAUUAGCUAGUAUGUUCCCUUUUGGCUACCCUUUUCUUCCCUCUACCAUCACUCUUCUUGUUAUUUUUAUUUAUUUAUGGAAAUUAAUGUGUGUUGUAUCUCCUAUAAAUGUUAUCAGAUAUUCCCUGUGGCUGGGGAGCUGUUGAACUACCUGAGGAACUCUGUAAUGUAUAAUCUCAUUUCAGUAACUUUUAGCAUAAUAUUUAUUAACUUUGUAGAAAUAGUAAUACCUCCUUACCCUGCAAAAGGAUAAUCUGUACAAGCUCUGUUAGUCUAAUUAAAACUGUUUUCUCCUCCUCAAUUUCUUUACGGGGGGGGGGAGGGGCAAUCCCUCUUAAUGACUGAUUAGUGUGCUGCGUAAGAAAGUUGCAUUGCUUUUUCUUAACUUUUGUAAACGAAAUAAUAAAUCCAACUAGUGAACAAGUGGGUCUAUGCAUAGUUGCAAUACUCUAAUCACUGUGACAGACUGGAUCAUCUGGAAAGUUAGGAGAAAAUAAGAAUUAUUUCCCUGAGUUGCUUGCCAAGAGAGAAUUAAAUUUCCAAAAGUGGAGCGGUGUGUUUUUCUCAGACUCCAUGUAUGUAAAAAAAAAAAAAAAAAACCCAACCCAAACACAUCCCAUAUUUUCAAAUAAGCUAUAGAGAAGUGAAAGAUACUAUUUUAAAUCCAUUAUCUAUCCAGUAAGAGUACUAAGGAUACUCUGCAAGUAUUAAGUGUGUAUAUAAGAAUGUGAAGUAUAUUUGUCCAUUUAUGAUUUCACGAAGAAAGAAUUUCAGGGGAGCUCUUUUGACAGUAGUUUAGAAGAAUUUCAGUUCAGAAUGUGAGAUUUUUCUGCGUUAUGGGAAGUUGAAAACAGAACUCAUUUGGGGCAUUGAGUUGGUGGUUUUUAUAAGUAUGCAUAUGUGUUCUGUUUAAAUGCAUAUAUGAGGUUAAGUGUUUACUGGCAGGGAAGGUGCAGGAAAUUACGAUGUUUCAGGCUAGCAGAAUCAAGUGGAAAAAUUGAGCAGAUAGGUCUUUUGUAGUGUUUGGCGAGAGCAUGGUUUUCUUUUUUGUCACUUGCACAGAGGGGUUCACAUAAGGGUUUGAAAACGUCCUACUGUGGGUU